GACCAAGAGUAGUCAAAGCCGGAAGUCGUCAUCGCUGGUUGACCGACUUUCCCGCGAAGGCUCAGACUUCUUCGUCUUCUGUCUGUUUUUGUCGGUAUGUGCCGUAAUGUGUAAUUUUAGAGUAAUUCACGAUGCUGUCGUAACGUCAUUUAAGUAAUGUCACCACAUAAAACCUGCAGUUAAUGCCCCUAUACAUAUUCACGCUCGGGGGAAGUUGUUGCGGACAAGUCCGUUCUGAAAUCUUCAUACGGUAAAACGCUUCAAUCUAACUGUUAAGGCUCAAAACAUAAUGAGCAAAAGGAAAGUCAAAGAUUCUCAUCUACCAGUGGGAGAAUGCAUCACUGAGGUUCAGAGCAUUUUAAGAGAGCGACUCUGCUGUAAUCUGCACCCUGACAAGCCAGAGGAAAUAGAAGCUCAACACAAACACCUGUUGGAGCUGCUGAAGCGAACAGUCAUCCAUGGGGAGAGCAACUCAGUGCUGAUAGUAGCUCCCAGAGGAGCAGGUAAAACAAUGCUGCUGAAGUGUGUGUUGAGAGACCUGCUCCAGGAAAAAGAGGCAGAGAAAAGUCUGCUGCAGGUUCAUCUCAAUGGACUUCUGCAGACAGAUGACAGAAUUGCACUUAAAGAAAUUACACGGCAGCUUCAUCUGGAGAACGUUGUUGGUGACAAAGUUUUUGGUAGCUUUGCAGAAAACCUGGCUUUUCUUCUUGAGGCUCUGAAGAAAGGGGAUCGAAGCAGCAGCCGCCCGGUGCUCUUCAUCCUGGAUGAGUUUGACCUCUUCGCCCACCAUAAGAACCAGACCUUGCUCUACAACCUGUUUGAUGUAGCCCAAUCUGCACAGGCCCCCAUAGCUGUGGUGGGCCUGACCUGCAGACUGGAUGUUUUGGAGUUGCUGGAGAAGCGGGUGAAGUCGAGGUUCUCCCAUCGUCAGAUUCACCUGCUGAGCACCUUGACGUUCUGUCAGUACGUUCAACGGGUUCAAACCCAGCUCAGCCUGCCAGAGAAUUUUCCUGACAAGAAGUUUGGCCAAGAAUGGAACAAAAGCAUUACGACACUGUGUAAAGACGCAUCAGUGGAGGAGGUCUUAAGGAGACAUUUUAAUACCAGUAAAGACUUUCGAUCCAUGCAUGCACUGCUGAUGUUGUGUCUGAGUCGAGUCAGUGUGUCCAAACCAGUCCUCAAACCAGCUGACGUCCUGGAGGCCAGCAAGCUGCGGUUUGCGGACGCAAAGGGAAACAUGCUGCACGGCCUGUCCAUCUUGGAGCUCUGCCUGAUUAUUGCAAUGAAACACCUCAACGACGUGUACGAAGAUGAGCCGUUCAAUCUCCAGAUGGUGCACAACGAGUUUAAGAAGUUCCUGCAGAGGAAGUCAAACUCCAUGUACAACUUUGAACAACCUGUUAUCAUGAAGGCCUUUGAGCACCUGCAGCAGCUGGAGCUGAUCCGACCAGUCGACAGCUCCACAGCCAAAAUCCAGAAAGAAUACCAGCUGAUGAGGCUAAUGCUGAAUCACAGUCAGAUCAUGGAGGCUCUGCAAAAGUAUCCGCAGUGCCCCACGGACGUCAAGCAAUGGGCCAAGUCUGCGUUCGCCUAAGGCUUUAUUUACAUCCAGAACUCGGUUGGAACCGGAACCUGUGGAACUGAAAGAAGCCUGGGUUUCAGUUGUUGGAAGGGAAUCAAAUUAAAUAAAUAAAAAACACGGACUGUUUGCAAGGACCAAAAAGAAAAGUAUCAAAUGUGGUAGAUGUUUGCUGAAGGGAUUACAUCCUUCUACCUGUCAUUGUAUGAUUGCUUAAGUUGUUAGUGAUGUUGCAAAAUCUUUCUUCAUGUCAAGUUUCUACUAAAGCUAUUGCUGCUAUAAA